AUGAAGAAGGGACAAGUAAUUAUGAAUGAAGAAAAAUGUAAUGAGAUUACGAAACAUUAUGGUAACCCUUUUAUUAAUACAAAAGAAGAUUAUUUACAUGAGAAGAUUGAAAAAAUUAUAUGUUCCAUAUUAUUAAGCAGAAAUAUAAAGAAGGCUAACUAUUUAGUUUUUGAUAUAUUAUUUGAUGUAUUUAUGAAAAUAAUAAAAACUAUUGGAUAUCAUUGUAAAAAAUUUUCAUCCCUUAGAGGUAGCCAUGUUGUAAAUUAUAUAGAUAUAAAAUAUUGCUUAAAAUUAGCUUUUUAUAAUAUAUAUAAUGAAAUAUAUAUAUUGAAAGAUUAUUCAAAAUUAUAUAAAGAUAUAAUUUAUUACCAUAUAUAUGAUGAAGAGGACAACAAGGAAAAUAAUAAUAAUAAUAAAAAAAAUGAAUAUAAUAAUAAUCAACAUAAUAAUAAUGAUGAAAAUAAUAAUAAUGAACAUAAUAAUAAUAAAUUUAUUGGUGAUAAUAAUCAAGAACAUGUAGGAAAAGAUGAUGAAUGUUAUAAUAAAAAUGAAGAAAACAAUUUCAGAAAAAAUACUUCUUCAAUGAUGAUAAUAAAAGAAAAAGAAAAUUAUAUUAAUGUUGUUCAAAACUCUUAUUUAUAUUAUAAACAUUUAUGUACAAAAAAAAAUAAUAAUACACAUGAUUUAAUAAAGAACUUUAAUAGUAUUAAUAAUUUAUUUACAAAUGAAUUUAAUAACAAAAAUAUACAAGAUGGUAACUUGUCAAAUAAUGAAUGCGUUAAUAUUCUUUCCUUAAGAGAAAAUGUUAAUGUCGAAAAAUAUAAAGAAAUUAUGAUGUUAAAAAAAAAUUAUAUACAUGAUCAUAUGCCUAUUAUACCGUUAUCUAUAAAUAGAAAAGAAAAAAUUACUGGAUAUAUAAAUGAAAAGGAUAAUUAUGCAUAUGACCAUAUACAAUCACAAUCAAAUAAUUUAUUAAACAAUGAUGAACAUAUUUUACAUUCAUCAUCCUCCUCCUCAUCUUCUUCUUCCUCAUCAUCCUCUUUAUCAGAUGACAGUCAUGUUAACGAAAAAAAAUUGAACGAUUCAUCAAACAAAAAUUACAAUUAUUUAAACACAUCCAAUGAUCAUUCGAAUUUAUCACAACGUAUGCUAUAUGAACACACAAAAGAAAAUAUAUCAAAAGAAAAAAUAGAAAUUUUAAAUCUUCUUCCAAGAUUAAAAGAUAUUUAUGUCCAAAAUGCAAAACAAAAAAACGACCUGAACAAGUCAGAAAAUCAGGUCUUUAAUUCGCUUAACAUAUUUGAGCAGUUUGAUUAA